AUGCUUCUGGCGGAAAGCCUCGGCGGCGUCGCUUUUGUCACCGUUCACACGGUGCUGUGCGUCGCUGUACUGUACUUACCGUGGAACCGCGGCGACCGAGAAAGCUUCCGUGUCACUUGUCUAGGGGCUUUGAGCACUUGCGCUGUUAUCGCUCUGAGCCUGGUGAAUCUUCAGUUGUUCUUCACUGGCUUGACCUGGCGGGAGCUGUCGCGGACGUAUCACUGGCUGAGGCCGUGGCACAGCUGGCAAGUCUAUCUACUGGACUCUGGCGGUUUUUUGGUGCUCCUUUUUCUGCACGAGUACAGAAAAAGACAGCAGACUCCAGUUAAGAGUUCGUCAUCGAGCACGUGUGCAUCGACGUCGCAGUCCGCUUGCCCGAAUGCGGAGAACGGCAUCUAUCGAAACGAGAGGCGAAAUACCUGGUGCAUGUUCCGAAGCCUGCUGAUCGCACCGAUAACAGAGGAGCUCCUCUUCCGUUGUGUAUUCGAUGCAGCAAUGAGAUCAGCUCAAGUCCCUGAACUUGCCAGCAUGAUUUUCAACGGAGUCAUGUUUGCCGUAGCGCACGCGCAUCACUAUUUCCGGCACCAGAGCAGGUCACUUCUCGGAAAGCAGCUUCUUGUAACGUUUUGCUUUGGUUGCGUCCAAGUCGUUUGCCUGAGACGGACGGAUUACUCCCUGUGGGCCUGCAUCGCAACGCACGCUUUGGCGAACGCGCUCGAUCUGCAGAAAGUUUUCAGUGAUAGGGGAGCGUCACAUUUUCUCUACGGCGACGUAGGCCAUCAGUUAGGAGCCCUGCUGCAAGCUGCAGCACCGCUCGUAUUCAUCUUGCGCUAUGCGCUUGACAUGGCCAUGCAAGCGAGUCCGUUCCGGUCCUCGAUCCUCCAGGUGCAUGCGGACCCGGGGCUGCUCGAGGAACGGCGUGAAAUCAUGCGUCCAACGACGCCGUUUUCGCUCUUCUUGAUAGAAUAUCAUCAGCGUGAUCCGAUCUUCGGGCGCUUCAUGGCUCUCUGCUCCAUGCUGCCUCAACUUUUAUUCGCCGCAGAGGUCACAGCUGUCUACUGUUGGCGAAGUCCGCGCGCAUUGCUCCUAGCUGUUGGCCAGAUUGUGAACGAGACGCUGAGCUACGCACUCAAGCGAUCGUGUCGGAUACCUCGCCCGCCAAUCGCUCGACUGGAAGCAGAUGCGUUCGGUUGGCCCUCUUCACACGCUCAGUUCAUGUCCUACUUGUACGUUUUCUACGUACUCUAUGUGUCUAGGCCACAGCGCAAGGCAUCAUCGAGCCACAACGGUGAAAUGAUGCACCAGACGCUUCCGAAGCGGAGGAAGACGACCGAUUCAAUUUCGGAAACCGUGGCAGUGAUGUUUUUGCUAGGUCUGUCAUCCGUUCUGGUGGCUGCCUCAAGAGUAUACCUGGCAUAUCAUUAUCCCAGUCAGGUUUGGUAUGGAAUCAUCAUGGGCACUAUUUUCGCGAUAACCUGGUUCCUUGCGAGUGAAAACGUUUUCUUAUCCUACGUUCGAUCAUUGCGGAUUCUCGUAUGGCUCGGGUUCGGCGAAGAUGACUCUGACCUGUUUCGCAGUAUACUCAGAGAUGUGCAUUAG